UGGACCUACACCGGGGUCCGUGGGGUCCCGGGACCCCAUAGGACUCAAGGUGGGUCCGCCUCUGCUCUACCCUAUCACCUCUCAAAGGUAAAUUUAUAUUAAUUUAGGGGUAAAAAAUGUAAGGCAGAUAAUACUACAAAGGAUAAGUGAAAAAUAUGAAGUUCUGAUGUGAAUGAAAGAUAGAGUAUCUAAGCCCAAAAUAUUAUGGGGCGUUGGGAUCCAAAUCCGCCUAUAGUCACACCUCCGACGGUGGCACUAGCCUCCCGCGGCCGGAGACUCCCUCCCAAAUUUUAUGUCCAUUUUUGAAUUUCGCAGCAUUCUUGGAGCCAAAGCUUUCGAAAAUCUAUAUCUGCACUCGGAAGGCAUCAACCUCUGCAGAGCAUCGAUCUGUUCUCCUCGUCUCAACAGUUUUCUUGUCGUAGGUUUCAGUUCUUCAUAUUUUCUGGGCUUUCUCCUUUGAUUUUUUGGAGAAGCAUCGAUUCUUCAUAAAAGCGUAUUGAACAUUCAGUAAAUUCUUACAGUUUGCGUUCGUUUUCCCCAUUGUUGCUUGCCGAUUAAUCCAGGGUUCAAUUCAAUUCACUGCCUAUCUUCCCUUUAUUUUUUUUCGGGAGUUUGUUGCUGCUAAGAAUUUGAGAUUUGUAGGGUUUGGAUCAAGAUUCGAGCGAAUUCGAUCGUUUAAUUGUCCUUCUGGGAUUUUCUUGGCCUGACGCGAGAAAUUUUUUGUUCCGGCCGAGAGUUUUAGGGUUCCGGUUUGGGUUCAUACCCAAGAGUUGAGAAUUUGUGCGAUUAAAUUCUUCAUAGAAUAGAAUGAGGACAUGGUUGUGAAACGGAUAUUCGGGAUGCCGAAGUUGAAACGGUGCAAUUUGGCGGAGAAUGACGAGACGUUCUCGCCUAAAAGAGUGAGAACCAAUGAGCUUGUUUCGGUCAAAAUCACAGAGUUAGAGGAUUGGAACACCUGUUUUGCUGGUUCAGGGCGCAGAGGGGCUUCUAGCUAUGAUGGUGAAGCGAAAUCAAAUGUGAUGAUUUCCAGUGCAAUUCAACCUUUUCCAGGUGAGAAGAAAGGUUUAGAGGCGACUAAGGCUCCACUCCUGAAGUCCUCUCGCGGCCGUUUUCAGAUGCUUCCUUCUAAAUUCAAGGACUCAGUUUUGCAUUCGUGGAAGAAAGAUCCAUCCAGUGUUGAUGAGAAGGAAUUCUGUUCUGACAAUGAUAACCCUACAUGUAGUAUGGAGAAAAAUGUAGCUAAUAACUUUAGAUUUGGGCACUUGCAUGAUAUAAAGUUGAUUGAUAGUCACAUUAGAGCUGAGGUAGGUGGGGUUGGUUAUAUGGGGCACACGGAUUGUGAUAACAUAUUGUAUUCAAGUUCAAAAAGCUCAUUGACAUGUGUAAGUGGAUGUGGUGUUUCAUCAUUUGUUGAGUCUCAACCUAAGGUGAAGACUUGGUCUGCAAGAUCUGAGAAAUACACAAAGAGGAAUGUUGAAAAGAAAGAUUACUAUGUGCUAGGGGACUUUCUUUUGGGCGAUAUAGUCUGGGCGAAAUGUGGAAAGAAGUUCCCUGCCUGGCCAGCUCUUGUCAUUGAUCCACUAUGUGAUGCACCAAAAUCUGUUCUCAAGGCUUGUGUUCCAAAUGCUAUUUGUGUGAUGUUUUAUGGGUACGCCAGAAAUCACCAAAGGGACUAUGGAUGGAUCAAAGCCGGAAUGAUAUUUCCCUUUCAAGAGUGCCUGGAGAAAUUUCAGGGACAGACUAACUUGUUUGGAAGCAAGCCAGCUGAUUUCCGCGAAGCAAUAGAAGAGGCAGUUUUGGCUUGCCAGGGCUGUAUGAAUGGAGAGUCUGCCAAUGCACAAGAGACACCAUUACUUCCAAACCAACCAGAGAUUGCAGAGGACACAGGAUCCAAUCAGGAGCUAGAAUGCUGCUCAUACCCCCAGGAUGCAUACUCUAAGAGGAAAAGAACUCGAUUUUGUGACAGCUGCGGUUUAAAUCUGCCAUGCAGAACAAUGAAUAAAGUGAAAGACAGGGACGCUCAAACCCAUUUUAUUUGUACACACUGUACUAAGCUGAGGAGAUCAAAGCAGUACUGUGGAAUCUGCAAGAAAAUUUGGCAUCAUUCUGAUGGUGGGAACUGGGUAUGUUGUGAUGGUUGCAAUAUUUGGAUGCAUGCUGAGUGCACCAGUAUAUCCCACAACGUUUUUGAGGGCCUGUUCAGCACUGAUUAUUUCUGCCCCGAAUGCAAAAUUAAAGCUUGUCAUACUUCUGUCAGUGUAGAAAAAAGGCAACAAAAACCCAGCCUAUCAAGCAGGCCUAUGGAGAACAUCAACCAAACAGAGAUGCCUGGAACUGUUGAAGUUGUCUGCUUGGGCAUGGAAGGAAUUUAUCACCCAAAUCUUCAUUUAGUUCAGUGCAAGUGUGGUUCAUGUGGGACAAGGAAACAAACACUUAAUGAAUGGGAACGACAUGCGGGAUCCAGAGCAAAGAAAUGGAAGUACAGUGUUAAAGUGAAAGGCUCGAUGAUAACUCUUGAUAAAUGGAUAACAGAUCAUAGUGUUGCUUCACUGAAGUUGGAUCUUUCACAAUUGUUAUCUUUUCUACAUGAGAAGUAUAAUCCUGUUAUUGCAAAGUGGACUUCAGAGCGUUGUGCUAUUUGUAGAUGGGUCGAAGAUUGGGAUUAUAACAAGAUAAUUAUAUGCAACAGAUGUCAAAUAGCUGUCCAUCAGGAAUGCUAUGGAGCCACUGAAGUUCAAGAUUUUGCUUCAUGGGUCUGCCGAGUGUGUGAAACUCCUGAAAUUGAAAGGGAAUGUUGUCUCUGUCCUAUAAAAGGAGGUGCACUUAAGCCUACAGAUAUUGACAACUUAUGGGUUCAUGUUUCAUGUGCGUGGUUUCGACCUGAGGUUGCUUUCUUAAAUGUGAAGAAAAUGGAGCCUGCCAGUGGUAUUCUUAGGAUUCCUCCAGAUUCCUUUGUUAAGGCAUGCACAAUAUGUGAACAAGUUCAUGGUUCCUGUACGCAAUGCUGCAAGUGCGCCACUUCUUUCCAUGCAAUGUGCGCUCUAAGAGCUGGAUACCAUGUGGAACUGAAGUGCUUUGAAGAGAAUGGAAUGCAGCUAUCAAAAUGGGUAUCAUAUUGUGCCUUGCAUAGAACCCCAAAUGCAGACAAUGUUGUAGUAAUGAGGACCCCCUUAGGGGUAUUCUCUACUGGAAAUGUGCUGCAGAGACAGAGUGGAGAACGCUGUAUGAGGGUUUCAAGGCUCAUUUCAACUACACGUCAUGACCUCCCAGAUACAUCAGAUCCCGAGAACACUGAAUUCGAACCUUUUUCUGCUGCUAGGUGUCGCAUCUUCAAAAGGUCUUGGAAGAAGAGUCACAACAAACAAGUGGGAGUAUUUCAUCGACUAAUGGGGCCAAGGCAUCAUCCAUUGGAAGAGAUAGAUUUUUUGACUGCACACAACAAAAUAUCAGAGGUUAAGGGGUUUUCAACAUUCAUAGAGCGCCUCAGUCAUCUACAGAAAUCUGAAAACCUCCGGGUUUGUUUUGGUAAAUCCGGAAUACAUGGAUGGGGUGUUUUUGCUAGAAGAAACAUUCAAGAAGGAGAUAUGGUCUUUGAAUAUCGUGGAGAGAAGGUGAGGCGCAGUGUUGUUGAUCUGAGGGAGGCGAGGUACCAACGCGAAGGCAAAGAUUGUUAUCUAUUCAAAAUCAGCGAUGAAGUAGUCAUUGAUGCCACUAAUAAGGGGAACAUUGCACGCCUUAUCAAUCAUUCGUGCAUGCCCAACUGCUAUGCAAGGAUUAUUAGUGUCAGCAAAGAUGAUAGCCGAAUCGUUCUUAUAGCCAAGACUAAUGUUUCAGCUGGGGAUGAGUUAACGUACGAUUACUUGUUUGAUCCCGACGAGCAUGAUGAGAAAAGAGUACCCUGCCUAUGUAAAGCUCCUAACUGCAGGAAAUUUAUGAACUAGGUCACAGACACACCAAAAAAAAGUGUACAGGAUUCUUUCGAGGGCACAUUUGUUUGAUAUCUCCCUCAUUUUUUACAUAGUAGGUCCAAAUUUUGAUAUACCCAUUGACGGGCACGAACAUCUGUAUAUCGCAAAUGUUGCCAAUCUCAAUCAGAUUGGAUUUGUCAUAGACAGUUGUUCAGUUCACCGUCUAGGCUAGUUACGUAUGGAUAUUCUUUUUGGCAGUCUGAUUUGUAUAUUUUGCCCUUCUUUAAAAAAAAUGGUUGCAUAUU